AAUAAAUACUCUUAAAAACACCAAAUCUAUUCAAAUCAAACUUAUAAUAAUCAUUAAUCCAGAAAUGAAUAAACAAUUACAAGAGCGGAGAAUUCAUAGUAUCAGUAGAGAGAUAACAAUCCAUGAUCCGAGAAAGAGAUAAUAAUAGAAAUAAUAAAUAAAUCAAAACUGAUCCAUGUCGACAGGGGCAGUUGUUGAGCUUCAGAGGAACUCUUCCAAGUGGUCUACUAUAGUAGAAAGCAUUACAAAACUUGAGAGAAAGAUCUUCCCCAAACAUGAAUCGCUUGCCAAAUCCUUUGAAGAUGAACUAAGGAAAAAGAACUGUGGAUUGCUUUACAUGGAAGUGGAUGGCGAUAUUGCCGGCUAUGUCAUGUACUCACGGCCUUCUUCUCUUUCCGCUUCCAUCACAAAGCUCGCAGUUAAGGAGAAUUUUCGGAGGCGCGGAUAUGGAGAGGCACUACUAAAAGCAGCGAUUGACAAAAGCAGAACGAACCAUGUGCAACGAAUAUCUCUUCAUGUUGACCCCUUGAGAAAUCCUGCCAUGAAUCUCUACAAGAAAUUGGGUUUUAAAGUUGAUAAUCUCAUUGAAGGUUACUAUUCAUCUGAUCGAAAUGCCUAUAGAAUGUACUUGGAUUUCGAUCCCGAAUAGUGUGUCAGUACAACGAGAGAUCAAGCGUUGCUCCAAGAACAUAUAUUUUCUCAGUUGGGUGGUAUUAUAUGUCAAAGACCACAAAACCAUGGUAAGAUUAAGCUAUGUUACUAGUUGCAUUGCAAAAAAGUGUUAUCAGAACAUUUGAAUUUGGUCCUGUAAUAAAAGACUAAUUUUGUUCCAUGGAAAACAUUAAAUGCCAAUCACUAUGAAUAUACAUAAAAAUUAUGAUCA